AACUCUGACAAUUUGAUAAAAAUUGAAAAUAUUAUGUGUGAAAAAUAAAUGAAACAAUUAAGCAGUCUCAACUGAUAUAACUCUAUAAUUCGUAUAUAUAUUCAAAGAUAUGCAUAUAAUAUUUGUAAUAUGGAUAUAAUUUUUUAGCAUUCGAGCAACUUAGCGCAGUCACGAGUUAUGCAGUCCGGUUUUCAGUACUUGUUAAAUCGUAAAAUUAAGUCGUUAUUUGAAAAACUGGGUUAAGCCGCUUUCUUCUACUUUGUCCAAUAGCCUCUCGAAAAACUGGCAAAUUGUCAGAGACGUAGUUUAAAAACGUAUCGAAUCGUCACGAAUGGUAAUGUCACGCGCUUUCAAUGACCGCAACCAAACUAAAUUUAAAUAUCGUUUCUCAACUAAUAGCAAUCGUAUUGUUUACUAUGUAUAUAAUUUAAAUAAUUAGUGACAUUGCGUUUAGUGUAUUCGUGAGUUCUCCAUCUUUUUAGAGACAAUUUUUUCACACAAUCAUAUGUUAUUGUCUUUCCCAUUAUUAUAUAACGUGUAUAAAUAUCUAUUCUCUCAUACAUCUUGUGUAUGAAACAGUCUUGGAUUAUUAAGAUUAUUAAAUCCUUUGUCGCGCGCGCGCGCGCGCGGUAAUUAAGUCUUAAAUGUUCGCAUUAAAUUCCUCGUCGGAUACGAGUCGGAUAACUCUACAUAACGCAUCUGUCCAUCUGCGCAUCUGUGAAGACUUUAUAAAUCAUGACACACCAUAAAUCGUACAACCACAUUAACACGACAAAAAGGAAUAAUCGCAAUGACGUCGCGGUACACCAAAUAACCGGCAUAUCUCUUAAACGGACUCAUCCUCGUCGAAAAAUAGAAUUGGUAUUAGAGUGGGCGUGGAGUUGGACCAGCUCGAAAUUGCAUAAUUCAAAGAAAAUUAGACCGGGACGGGAUACGAAGGACGAAAACAUGUUCAAGCAUUCACACGUUCCGUUUAUCAUACAACGGGUGUCUUGAUGCGCCUUAGUGGCCAAUGAGCUAAUUGUCGGUAUAUCAACUUUCAUUGGACGCAAUUGUACGAACGUAUGAACGCAUUGUGGUUGCACUUGUCUCGUGGGUCAUUCUAAACGGGAUAUAACACAGUUCUUCUCUGUCCAGAUUCGCUACUGGUUUCCACAUUUUUUCAAAUAAUUAAUUAUGAUAUCUCAUAGUCUCGCACUUUGCUUUCCGCGUAUCGUGGAAAAAAAGAAAUGAAAAAUAUCAUUGCAAAAGAGAUUCGCGAUGCGGUAGAAAAUAAUGGAGAGCUGUUAAUGCAUGUUAAACAUUUUCUAAUCUCGAAGUGUUUUAUUUGUUCGAGGAAAAACUAUGCAUCAACAACAUUUCAAGCCGUGAAAUGUAACAUAAACUGAAUCUCACUGUCAGAGUCAAUUACGCUUGCCAACUCUACUCGCUAGUGGACAUUGAUAUUGAAGGUUGUGUCCUAAUUCUGACCUUUUCACGUGCUAUCGUUAACUUCGUAACCUUCAUUAGAAAUUAAAAGACUCUUGUGAGUGGCGGAGUAUGCAAAAUAUAAAAAAAUUUGCUGAUUUCAACAGAAUACGUUACUAAUCGAUUAUUAAUUAUUUGUACACAUUUGAUAAUUGUCUCCUUUACAUUCACAUGCAUGAAUCAUACAAAAAUAAAAUCACAUUUAUUAUGAUUACAGCAUGAACUUUAUUAACGACCAUAAUCUUAUCCUGCCUUCUGGCCGGUUAGUGUAAUAUUGCACGCUUAUGUCAUAGUCCGUUGAUAGCGAAUAGUGUCACAAUUUAUGCGUGGUACGAUUGACUGCUGCCGAUUAUGCAUACGCGCUAUCGAAUAUGCGACGAGUCGGCGCGUUGUCGAUAAGAAAGGUCGUGGUCAUUGUAGGAGUUCAUCGUUGGCCGACAAAGUUCGUUUAAUGCAGCGGUGAAAUUCGUCGAUCGCGCCCGCGACAAAUCGGCUCCCUCUCUCUCUGCGUCUCUAUUGUCGUUGGUGUCAUCGGUAGGGUGUAAAACGCUUCCGGAAAAUAAUCUCCAGUGAAAGCAGUAAUCUCACCUGUUGUCCAUCAGGAAUAAAUCCGUCGAAGUCAUCCGUACAAUUCUUUGUCUUCACGCGGGAACCGAAUGUGACGAACAAGUUCGACGUCUGCUUAAGACCGGGAUCACUGGUGCGUGAACGUCAUUGUUCGUUGUUAACAACACGAUCUUCUGUAUUGCGCUUCCGCGGGUCAUUGUCGUGACGCUCUAGAUUCCUCUUCUUUAGAUCUAUUGUCCAUUAUCGUCGCUGGGACUGUUCGAGGCGACUCGCUUAAGAAAAGUGCCAGAGUGUCGCGAACUAGGGAAACGGUUUAAUUGUGACGUGUAAUGAAAACUGUGUCAAAUAGCGUGUAUCGCGAGAAAACUGUGGGAAAACUGGAAACUUUAAAAUGUGCGCGACGUAACUGCGUGACGAUCUGGCGCGAUAUUCGUGAGCGUUGCUCGAGUUCGGGAGUGAAUGAGGCUGUAUACAGGAACUGUAUGAGGCUAAACAUGAUCGAGGAACUUUAUGCCGCCCUGGUGCGUAUGGCUCAACAUCAAAUUGGCUUCGACGUGUCCAACGAGUGUAGUCAGGAAGCUCUUCUGAAUCAUUUACAGAGUGCUUUCAAAAUCGACAACGAAACACACGAGAGAGUGUUGGAGGAAACACGAAGUCUCGAGCCACCAGAAUUGCAUCUCAACGUUGAAGUGAUCGAAGCCAAAGAAUUAGUCUCCAAAGACUCCAACGGUAAAAGCGAUCCUUUCUGCGCUCUUUACCUCGAAUCGGCACCGACCAGGAGGUACAACACCGCAGUAAAAACGUGUACCCUCAGUCCAAUUUGGGAGGAACACUUUGAAUUACCACUGGAGGAUCCGGAAAAUGACAUAUUGUGCCUUGAAGUGUGGGAUUUUGACGCAGCUGAAACUGUUCCUGAAAAAAUGAGCAAAGUUAGGGACGUAAAGGGUGUUCGUGGCUUAGUCAAAUUAGCCAAGGAAAUCGCAGUUACAGCUACGACUGGUAGUCACGAUAACGAAUUCAUUGGUCGAUGUAGAAUACCGUUAAAGGAUAUACCCACGACAGGGCAUACUAUGUGGUACGCUCUCGAGAAAAAGAACAAAACCAAACGUCGGGGCGUCGUAAAGCUUCGAUUAGCCUUCAGUGCGGAACACAAUGCACAAGUGGCUGCGCAGGAACAUCGACACCUGCUGAGAGUGUUGUUGCUUCAUGAGAUUGAGACAGAGAAGAUCGAGAAGUACUGUUGGUGUGGUCGUUGGUCCGGACCAGCCGAAGCUCUCAUACUUCAACACAGCGCACAACGUGGCUUACUAGCCAGGAAUCUCGCUCUGGCGCAAUGGGUCGAAUAUGCCAGAAUUCAUCAAGAACAUCCGUUGAGUUUCACGCUUUUCAAUAAGCUCGCGGUCGAUUUGCUCAGGCCGAUGGACAACGGAUUGUUCUCCGCUGACGAAAUCAGACUCUUCUGGGAUGCCACCAAAAAAGUUCUGUAUUCAUGUUUAAAUAGCGUACGAAAAAUUCGAAGACUGAUUUUGGGAGAUAAGAACGCCAUGAUGCAGUUAUCCGCUAUUUUAGGAAUAUUAUCAUCCAUAUCUUCUUUGAAAGUUCCUGAGGACAUAGACCUCUUUCCAGUCAAGAUGUACUCUUGGUUUCCGGAACCUGACGGUUCUAAAUUAGAUGUACUUCAAAGUUUAGAAUACACGGUUAUACAAGGCUGUGCCGAAUGGUUCGAGCACAUACUCAACAAUAAUUCACCUGAAACUGAGUCGGACGAAGAUGCACUUAGAUAUCACAACAAAGUGAUCCAACUGAUUAGAACGGAUUUACAAAAGGCCAUUGAUAAUUAUGACAAACUAUUUAUAAAGAAAGUCAACGUUCCGUACGCAAGAUUACUAUACAUUGCAUAUGAGAAGAGAAUUAGUGACAUGUGUAUGAUCAUCGUAGAGGACGUAUGCGCUAGACUGAAGCGAAUUGAAAUCGAUAGCACCGCCGAUGCAGAGUUAAGCUUGGGCACGACAUUGUUCGAGCUUUAUCUUUCGCUUCAAAGAUACGCAGUUCUCGGUCAAGUACUUUGUGCCGAAGGGCAGCUACAAGAUAUGAAAAUACAAAGUUACUACGAGUGGUUCCGAGGCGGUGUUGGACAUUGGUUGGAUAUUGCCGUGUACAAGGCGCUUAAACGCAUUGACAGGGCGGUCGAAUUCGAUACUUUGCAAGCGGUUGACAACAGUGUGCAAUAUAGUUCGAGCGCUGUAGAUACGUUAACUAUUUUCUAUCAGAUCAAAGUAUUUUGGACGCAGCUAGCCUGGCCCGACGUUGAAGGAUCGUAUACGUUUAUAGCAAAAAUCAUUGACGACAUCUGUAAAUGUUCCAUCGCAUACGCCGACAAGAUGGCGAGUAAAGCGGAGGUGACGACGGAACUGGAGCAGCUCUCGCAGAGCAGCGUUUACGAGAAGAAGUUUACAAUAUCGACCGCUUGGUGCUUCGCCAUUAAUAAUAUCGAUUACAUCAGAACAUCAAUCGCACCGUUGGCCGACGACUUAGGAUUGCAAAACAUUGUAAAAGCCCUAGGAGAAGUCAAAACUCAAAACGAAGCCGAUCGUUGCCGACAGACUCUUCAGCUUAUCAUUGACAAUGCCGCGGAUACUGUGAGGAAUAAGAUCAUAGAGUUGUUGGAAGUCGUAGCCAACAAAAUGGCUCCGGCGAUGAGCAGGUAUCUCAUGGAGGGCGCCGAAUUAAUCGAUACGACCAGCAACGCGAUGGAUCGUCUGCUACAGUAUUUAGACAGUAAUCUAACCACCUUGCAUGAUAAUCUCAACGAGGAUAACUUUAAUAGAGUUCUCCUGGUGAUUUGGGAGAUCAUGUCGCAGACGCUGUAUGAGCUAGUCAACAAUAAUUUAGAGAAACGACGACCGCCAGCAUUUUACUCCAAUUUGCAUCGCACCCUUCAUACUCUCAUACGAUUCUUCAAUUUUGGUGCCGACGAGACCGCGAACGUGCAAGUGUUGGAAAAAAUCGAGAAUCUCUUAAAAUUGCACGGGCUUGAAACCGCCGAGCUUAUACAUCGUUAUCAUCAAGAGCGUAUCGAAGAGCAGAAGGAAAUGGAAGAACCUAUGUAUGGUCUUAUCACCGUCAAAGCUCAUUUCAUUGAUAAUUCCUUGAAUAUACAAAUUAUGAGUGCCAGGAAUCUCCGCUGCAUGGAUAGCAAUGGAGAUUUUAUAAGCAAGCUGUCUACUCUCGAGCGUAAACUGCACUCGAAAUCUAAACAAAGAUUGAAAGAAGGGAAGACAAGCAAAUGCGACUCCUACGUGAAGAUCAGGCUGCUGCCUGAAGAAAAAUUCACCGAAAUUAAGCCGCCGAAGACACACGUACAGAAAGAAACGCUGUUUCCUCUUUUUGACCAAACAUUCCACAUUCCUCUUAGUCAGGAACAAAGAGCAAUAGAAGACGCUAUAGUGUCGUUUGAGGUCAAGGACAAGGAUUUCCUUCGAGUGAGAUUCAUGGCUGAAGCUUUCCUACCAUUCAGUGAAAUUCCCGACACUGAGCCAGAAAGCGGCUUCGAAACUUUAGAACAAGUUCAUUUAAAACUUUCUCGCCCAACCAAGAAGAGUACGGACGUAAUCCGCGCAUUGGAGCAUCGCAAAGGGGACAAUCAGGCGACGGAUUUCAUUUCAAAACUUAAUACUAAAGCGAACUCCAAAUGAUCAAUAAAUAGCUUCGACGUGGACCUACGUUUGAAUAACUUUCGAAAGUAUAUAAUACAAAAUAUGUUGAAAUUCAAGCAAUUCGGUCUAUACAAGAUGUUUCAAUAUUAAUUCACCAGCAUUGCCUUACAAAAAGUCGUUGUAUACAUUUUUUAACGAAUGUGCUUUAGAACUUUCGCACUGUCAUAAAUUUUAUAGCGCAAUGCUCGCGAGUGUUUAAGGCUGUCUAUAUAUAAUUUUGAUCGUUUUUAUACAUUCGAGAAAAUCACAAAGUGUAUACCGCAUUUCGAAACUUUAAACGGAAAACUCUAAGGCUGAGUAAGUGCUACUUACGAGCGAUAUUUGUAUUUAUUAUAGAUAGAAGUUGAGCGGCUAUAUUAUACACUUAGAUAUAUUUUUGACAAACUUAUAUGUUGCGAUAUAAUGCAAGUUUAUUGUAUACGUGUACCUAAUUAUGUUCGAUGAGUGGAGUAUGUACAUAGAUCCUAAUAAUAUUAGAAUGAUUAAAUAAUAUAUGAUAUAAUCAA